GAUUGACCACAAUAAGUACUACUAGGUCCUUGACCAAGGUUACUGACAGGAAUGCUUGUUACUGGUUCACAAGAUCGGAAUUCAGGGCACUUGCCGCCCUGUCUUAUAUGCAGCUCACAGGUCACCCAUAUACUGCAUCGAAGGACCGUAACGUUCAUAUCAUGGAGGAACAGAGACCUUCUACACCACCUGCAAACCCGUCUCGUUCUACUGAAUUUCAGUUAACUCCAGAGAAGAUAAAACAGAUAGAGAUAAACAGGCUAAGAGCGAAAGCCAAGCAACGUCAACGAGAGCAAGCAUCCUCUAGUGCAUCUUCUGUUCUAAAUGCAAACAAUAAACGUCCGCUCGGUGUCGUUCCCGCUGUCUCUACCUCUCCGACGGUACCUAAGACAACUCCCGCCCCCCUGAAACGCGACUCGCGAUUGGGAAAAUACUUCGAAUAUGAUUUGUCCAAGAUGGUUAACUCCAAGGGUGGUUUCUUGGUUGAAGAUGGGAAGGAGUUUGACGAGGACUCGAGAGUGAAGGAACGCGAACGCGAACGGCAGCGGGCAAUGCAAAACGUGGAACCUCCUGUGUUUUUGGACCCAGAACGUAAUCCUAAAUGCAAAGAGUGCCAGUCCAUCGACAUUGACAACACGUUCAAGAAAAUAUUCGGGUGUCUGGUGUGCAAUAAAUGUAAAGAUGAUUUUCCAGAGAAAUAUAGUCUACUCACAAAGACCGAGUGCAAAGAGGACUAUCUUCUCACUGAUUCUGAGCUUCGAGAUCACGACUUGCUUCCUCAUCUUCUGAAAGCGAACCCUCACAAAUCAACGUUUGCAAACAUGAUGCUCUUCCUACGAUUUCAAGUGGAGGAAUUUGCAUGGAAGAAAUGGGGUUCUUCCGAGGCGUUAGACGCAGAAUGGGAACGGCGAACAGCUGAAAAGAAGAAGAAGAAAAACAAGAAAUUUGAAGAGUCCUUGAAAGACUUGCGCAGGCGCACGAGAGAAGGUGUCUGGCAGAGACGGAAGGAUAAGGAGCACAAACACGUAUUUAGUGUGGUCGAAGGGAUUGCUGAUGGAGGUGGACAGCAGGUCUGUCAUGAAUGCGGGUUCACCAUCGAUGUGGAGGUCUUUUGAAUAGUAGAGCUCGUUCAUUAAUUUAAAUCUACUUAUUGUACUAGUUUUGUUGACAGCUAGCUGUUUGGAUGCUCGUUGUCAUUGUUGUCAUUGGAUGCUCACUGUAUCCUGCACUGUACAACACAUGUCAUCAAUAAGUAGCAGGUGAUAAUCACGCGCUACAUAAGUGCGCUUGCUAAUAGCAAUCCGGUCAUACUUC